CAGGAUGUGGGUCGUCACGGUCAUCGCUGUGUCCUGUGUCCUUGUCGGUCCCUCUCUGGCCGGGGUCAAGGACCUGGGCUCUCACUUCAGCUUCUAUGACCAGAGUCCAACCCCAAACACUGAGCCAGACCCACGAGGCCUCGGCCAGGGUGGAGCUCUGGACAUGGAGAACAUUCCUCUGGAGUUCCACAAAGAGAACACUGUGACCAAUGAUCUGCCCCUGGAAGGCUUUGAGGACGAAGACUACAUCGACUUUGACAAAAUCCUGGCUGAAGGAGGGGAUGACUACAGGUGGGUGUUACACAUUUUACUUAUCCUGUAACGAUGUCAAGGGAUUUAAGCACUGGGUAGCUCCAAAGACAUAAAAUCCAUUGAUUGCAGUGGUUGGAGCAUGGUGCAUGCUUGUGGGUUUGAUUGACUGUGUAAAUCUUUUUGGAUUAAAAACCUCUGCUAAAUGAACAUAUUUUCAUAAUAUUUAUAUUAUUACAGUGAGGGGGAUGAGAUUGAUGAGAUUGCAACUCCCGCUUCGGACAUCGACAUCUUCGCUGAACCCUCAGAUCCAAAGACGCGGCGUGCCCGACUCCUGAGACUAUUUCAUGACCGCUCACGCCUCCAACGAAUCAACGUGGUCAACGCCCACUUUGGCUUCAAUCUCUACCGCAGCCUUCGGAACGAUGUCAACCAGACCCACAACAUUCUGCUGGCGCCCGCCGGAAUCUCCAUCGCCAUGGGCAUGAUGUCACUGGGAGCGGGGCCUGGAACACAUGCUCAGCUCUACCGGGCGCUGGGAUUCGCAGAUUUUGUCAAUGCCAGCAAUCACUACGACAACACCACCGUGCACAAGCUGUUCCGAAAGCUCACGCACAGACUCUUCCGACGGAAUUUCGGGUACAUGCUGCGUUCCGUUAACGACCUGUACGUGAAAAAGGAGGUGGCGGUGGAACCGAGUUUCCGGGCAGACACCAAGGCAUACUAUUUUGCAGAGCCCCAAUCGGUGGACUUCAGGGACAAGGCGUUUCUGGACAAGGCCAACCGGCGCAUCUCAAAGCUGACCAAAGGACUGAUCAGAGAACCACUGAAAAAUGUGGACCCCAAUAUGGUGCUGAUGCUACUCAACUACCUCUACUUUAAAGGUAAGGACAACAUCAGAGCAAUAAGCCUAAACUAUGCCAUUUCUAUUAACCAAGCUCCAAGUAUCUGUCUGUCUCUGAUUAGAUUGUGUCAACAUGAAGUACAAUCUUUUAAAGUAAUACAUUAUGGUCUAUAUUAUAUUUCCAUUAGGGCUAGAUUUUAACAACUAACUUAAAAUCCUCUCUUUGUAAGACAAUUGAGAAACAUCUUAUUGACACAAGCCAAUCUAUAUCUCAUCCACACAAACAACAAAUCCCCACCACACAAAAAACAAAUCCCCAUCAAACAAACAACAAAUCCCCACCACACAAACAACAAAUCACCACCACACAAACAACAAAUCCCCACCACACAAACAACAAAUCUCCACCACACAAACAACAAAUCCGUACCACACAAACAACAAAUCCCCACCACACAAACAACAAAUCCCCACCAAACAAACAACAAAUCCCCACCACAAAAACAACAAAUCCCCACCACACAAACAACAAAUCCCCACCACACAAACAACAAAUCCCCACCACACAAACAGGUACGUGGGAGCAGAAAUUCCAAAAGGAGAUGACUCACUACCGGAACUUCCGUGUGAAUGAGAAGACAAAUGUUCGAGUGCCAAUGAUGCAGAACAAAGGGAACUACCUGGCGGCUGCAGACCACGAACUGCAGUGUGACAUCCUACAGGUGGGUGGUAGACAUUUAGUUCAGGGAAGUGAGAUAUAUAUAUAUAAAAAAAAAGAAGAUUCAGUGCAGUGCAAUAUAGGCCUACAGUAUAGGGCUGGCACAAUUACUGUAUAACCGUGUAACCGUGUAACCGACGGUUAUGGAUGAAGACCGUCGUGAAAAAGAUGAUCAUAUUAUUAUCGUCAUGAUUAUUCUAGCUGCCGUAUGUGGGGAACAUCAGCAUGCUCAUCGCCCUGCCCAGGAAGAUCUCAGGCAUGAGGAACCUGGAGCAAGAGAUCUCCCCCACAGUGGUCAACAAGUGGCUCAGCAACAUGACCAACAGGUGAGCACACAUGACCACACCUGGUCACACCUGACCAAUAGGUAAGAACCUGAGUGACCGACAGGCAUACAUGAUAAAAGAGAAGAGCACAUAUGACCAUACAAGACAACAGGUGGCCAUUCCAGGCAAAACUUGACCAACAUGUGAGCAGACCUGGCCCAAGGUGAACAGGAAUGAACACCGGAAACAGUAUGAACAAAAUAUGACCACUAGGUUAGAGUAUAGGGCCAAAACAUGACUAACAAAUGAUGGAAGCUAUGGGAUAAGAGAUACAGUGCCUUCAGAAACUAUUCACUCCCCUUCACUUUUUCCCACAUUUUGUUGUGUUACAGCGUGAAUUUAAAAUGGAUGCUGACUGAAUUUUGUUUUUAGAAUCUUUUACAAAUUAAUUAAAAAUGAAAAGCUCAAAUGUCUUAAGUCAAGUAUUCAACCCCUUUGUUAUGGCAAGCCUAAAUACGUUCAUGAGUGAAAAUGUGCUUAACAACUCACAUAAUAAGUUGCAUGGACUCACUCUGUAUUCAAUAAUAGUGUUUAACAUGAUUUUUGAAUGACUACCUCAUCUCUGUACCCCACACAUAAAAUUAUCUCUAAGGUCCCUCAGUUGAACAGUGAAUUUCAAACACAGAUUCAACCACAAUGACCAGAGAGGUUUUCCAAUGCCUCGCAAAGAAGGGCACCUAUUUGUAGAUUGAAAAAUAAUUAAAAAAACAGACAUUGAAUACCCCUUUGAGCAUGGUGAAGUUAUUAAUUACACUUUGGAUCUUGUAUCAAUACACCCAGUCACAACAAAGAUAUAGGCGUUCUUCCUAACUCAGUUGCCGGAGAGGAAGGAAACAGCUCAGGGAUUUAUACCAUGAGGCCAAUGGUGACUUUAAAACAGUUACAGAGUUUAAUGGCUGUGAUAGGAGAAAACCGAGGAUGGAUCAACAACAUUAUAGUUACUCCACAAUACUAACCUAAUUGACAGAGUGAAAAGAAGGAAGCCUGUACAGAAUACAAAUAUUCCAAAAACAUGCAUCCUGAUUGCAAUAAGGCACAAAAGUAAUACUGCAGAAAAUGUGGCAAAGCAAUUAAGUUUUUGCACUGAAUACAAAGUAUUAAGUUUGGGGCAAAUCCACUUACUGAGUACCACUCUCCAUACUUUCAAGCUUUGUGGUGGCUGCAUCAUGGUAUGUGUAUGCUUGUAAUCGUUAAGGUUUUGUAGGAUAGAAAAGAAACGGAAUGGAGCUAAGCACAGGCAAAAUCCUAGAGGAAAACCUGGUUCAGUCUGCAGGACAAUAACCUAAAACACAAGGCCAAAUCUACACUUGAGUUGCUUACCAAGAAGACAGUGAAAGUGAUAUUCACUGUCUUCUUGGUAAGCAACUCAAGUGUAGAUUUUGGCCUUGUGUUUUAGGUUUCUAACCCCUUUUUCUCCCCAAUUUCAUGGUAUCCAAUUGGUAGUAACAGUCUUGGUCCCAUCGCUGCAACUCCCGUACGGACACUGGAGAGGCGAAGGUCGAGAGCCGUGCGUCCUCCGAAACACAACCCUACCGAGCCGCACUGCUUCUUGACACAAUGCCCGCUUAACCCAGAAGCCAGCCGCACCAAUGUGUCGGAGGAAACACCGUACACCUGGCAACCGUGUCAGCGUGCACUGUGCCCGGCCCGCCACAGGAGCCGCUAGCGCGCGAUGGGACAAUCUGAACAUCUGUGCCAGCCAAACCCUGCCCUAACCUGGAUGACGCUGGGCCAAUUGUGCGCCGCCCCAUGUGUCUCCCGGUCACGGCCGGCUGCAACAGAGCCUGGACUCGAACCAAGUGGCAUAGCUAGCACUGCGAUGAAAACCAAUUUGUCAGAGCUUGAAGAAUUUUGAAAAUAAUAAAUGUGUAAAUGUUGCACAAUCCAGGUGUGGAAAGAUCGUUGAGACUUACCCAGAAAGACUUACAGCUGUAAUCAUUGCCAAAGAUGUGUCUACAAAGUAUUGACUCAGGGCUGUGAAUACCUAUGUAAAUGCAAUAUUUCUGUAUUUCAUUUUCAAUACAUUUCUAAAAACAUGUUUUCACUUUGUCAUUAUGGGGUAUUGUGUGUAGAUGGGUGAGAGAAAAAAAACAUAUUGAAUCCAUUUUGAAUUCAGCCUAUAACAACAAAAUGUGGAAUAAAUCAAGGGAUAUGAAUACUUUCUGAAACCACUGUAUGGGUUAAAAGAGUAUAUUCUGUAUUGGUCUCUACCCAAGGACGCGUGAGGUGGUGUUCCCCAGGUUUAAGCUGGAGCAGAGUUAUGACCUGAUAGACAACCUUAAGGAGAUGGGCCUCACAGACCUGUUUGAGGAGAGGGGCGACUUUACUGGGAUGACUUCAGAGAAGAUCGCAAUUAACUGGGUAAACAAACCUCCAAGAGAGCAAACACCACAAUCUUAACUUUCACUGCUCGAUGCUGACAACAGCAAUACGCUGUCAAAGCCAAGUCACUUUUCAGCUAUCUAAUAAUGUUAGAUGGGUCGUAACUCGAUUCUCUCUCUCCUCUCCCCACCAGUUGAAGCACCAGGGGACGAUCACGGUGAACGAGGAGGGGACGGAGGCUGCGGCUCUGACCCAGGUGGGCUUCAUGCCCCUCUCCUCACAGAUACGAUUUGUCAUAGACCGGCCCUUCCUCUUCCUCAUCUACGAGCACCGCACAGACUGCCUCGUCUUCGUGGGCCGCGUGGUCGACCCCUCAAAGAGCUAAACGCUUGGUAACACUGUAUCUUCAAGGGAUAGUUCAUUCUAUCUUGAAAAAUGUACCUACUAAUAUGCAUCACUUUUGGGGGAUUGUAUUAACAGUGGACUAAUGAACAAAAUCCCCCCAGAAAUAUUAAUGAACUAUCUUUUUAAUGUCCUUUUUCAGCUAGCAUUUACCCAAAGUAGGAUGCCAUUUCAGGAAUAUUGGCCUGUUAACCAAUUCUACUGAUACUACAAUAGGACUACUAGCUGUCAUGGUGAACUGUAUGAACCUGUGUCUGAGAGAGGUUAGUCAGGAGUGUUGUUAUUUGUUGUCUGUUAAUGUUCCAUCUCUCUAUACAUCUACAGUGGAAGUUGUUCGACUAGAAACACUAA